AUGUAUUCUUUUACAGAGUGUAUCGCUGGAGCUCUCUUUGUUCUUGGCUGCGUUGUUGUUACCCUUGUCGUCAUUGGCGUGCGUGCACUCCUUUACAACUUUAGGAAUCGCCCUGCUCCUCCGCUGUCCUCUCAGCUUGGCCAAAAUGCGCCUCACGUCACCAUCAUUCGACCCGUCAAGGGCUUAGAACCUAGACUCUACGACUGCAUCGCUGCAUCCUUUCGACAGGACUACCCACAGGACAAGUUCUCGAUCCGACUCUGUCUCGAAGAUGAUACCGAUCCCGCGUACCCUAUUCUUCAGAAGGUCAUCGAAGAUUUCCCCACGAUCGAUGCGCGUAUUAUGCUUGAGAAAGAAGACGAUGUACUAAGCGAAACUGUCAAUAUGGGACCCAAUCCCAAGAUCCGUAAUCUAAGCCGAGCGUACCGAGAGGCCAAGGGUGACAUUGUAUGGAUUAUUGACUGCAACAUCUGGAUGGCGAAGGGAGUCUUGGGACGCAUGGUCGACAAACUUAUGGGGUACAGAGUCGGCGGCGCUGUAAAACCCUACAAAUUUGUCCACCAGCUCCCUAUUGUUGUGGACUUGAUGGACUUUUCCACGCCGCUCGCUGCAGAAGGUCGGUCCCUCUUGGAUGCUUCACCCGAGGAAGACCACCCUACUGAAGAUCUGGGUGCCGAGGAAUUUCCCAAGGUCAUGUCUCAUGGUGGUGGACGCAUUGAUGAAAUGUUCAUGACAACUUCGCAUGCCAAAUUCUACAGCGCCAUCAAUACCCUCCGUGCAGCGCCAUGCGCUGUGGGUAAAAGCAACAUGUUCCGCAAGUCGCAGCUUGAUCAAGCAACAGAUGGUAUUUUGAACCCGAAACUAGAUCAGAACAAGAACCUCCCAACGGGUGUCGAUUAUUUCUCGCACAAUAUCUGCGAAGAUCACUUGAUUGGCGAGGCGCUGUGGCUAACAGAUUUCCCCGGUUACAAAAGCCACGGACUUGUCUGGGGCGAUAUCGCCGUUCAACCAGUCUCAGGCAUGUCUGUUCAGGCCUAUACAGCGCGUCGAUCUCGUUGGCUCAGAGCCAGGAAGUAUACAGUCCUUUCGGCAACAAUCCUUGAGCCGUUCACUGAAUGUUUUUUGUUCGCUUCCUAUAUGUCCCUCGCGAUGACAACCAUUCCAAUCUUUAGUCAAAACUUGGGCAUUCCUAAAACCUGGAACGCCACGGCAAUUGCCUGGUUUACGAUAACCACGCUGUGGAUGCUUAUAGACUAUAUUGGUUACCUACGUCUGCAUUCUGGCGUCACCAUGGAGGUCGACGAACACACCCCUUAUUUUGCCAAGGGCUUCAAAAACACAGGUGGAAUUAAGAGACGCCCAUUUUUGGAAUUCUUGGCUGCUUGGAUUGGACGCGAGGGUCUUGCCUUUCCCGUUUGGGCCUAUGCAGUUGUCUUUGGCAACACGGUCAAUUGGCGAGGACGAUUGUUCUACAUCCACUGGGACACCACAGUCGACGCUGUUGAGCCUCGAGAAGAACGAACCCGCGAGGUGAGAACGCCCGAGCUUGAAAGAGGGCCUUCGCGUAACAAGCAUCGAGUUGAUUGA